AUGGUCCGCAACAUCAUUAUCCUUGGUGGAAACACCCACCCCGAGCUGAUUGACAGCGUCUGCAACAACCUGGGCCUUAACCCCUGCGAGCGCGUCCUCACCAAGUUCUCUGUUGGCGAGUCUCGCUGUGAGAUCAAGGAUUCGGUGCGCGGCAAGGAUGUCUUUAUUAUCCAGACCGCCUCCGGCUCUGUCAACGACGGCUUCAUGGAUCUUUGCAUCAUGAUCUCUGCCUGCAAGACUGGCUCUGCAAAGAGAGUCACUGCUGUCAUGCCUUUGUUCCCCUACUCAAGACAGCCCGACGUCCCCUACAAGAAGGCCGGCGCGCCUCUCUCCAAGUCCGCCUCAGAACCUUCCAAGAACGGCUACACCUUCGAGAGCGUUCCCGCGACCCCCGCUCCUGGCGUUCCGCGCACCGCUGGGCUCACCAAUGGCAUCGACGGCGUUGCUUCCAAGCUGGCUAAGAGCAAGCUGAACGAGGAGAGAAGCAAUGGCGCCAAUGGCGGCGACUACUUUAAGAACGGCAACGGCGAUUCCAAGGUCAAUGGCCACGGCCGCAACCACGACUCGAUCUCGUCGCAGGUCCGCUACACCACCCACGACUACGAGAACCAGAGCCAGGUCAACGGCUUCCAAUCGAAGCCGGGAUACAAGCAAUGGGUUGCCCAAGCUGGCACUCUGGUCGCGGACCUGCUGGCUUGCGCUGGUGCGGACCAUGUGAUCACGAUGGAUCUCCAUGAUCCUCAGUACCAGGGCUUCUUCGAUGUGCCGGUGGAUAACCUGUACGGCAAGCCCCUCCUCAAGAGGUACAUCCAGCAGAACAUACCCAACUUCAAGGACGCCGUUGUCAUCUCUCCUGAUGCUGGCGGAGCCAAGCGCGCUACCGCCAUUGCUGAUGAGCUGGACAUGGCGUUUGCCCUGAUUCACAAGGAGCGUCGCCCGACCAAGUACAGCGAGCAGCGCAAUGCCAGUAUGAUGCUGGUUGGUGAUGUCAAGGACAAGGUUUGCAUCCUCGUUGAUGAUCUUGUUGAUACCGGCAACACGAUCACGAGGGCUGCCAAGCUCCUCAAGAAGAACGGCGCUACUCAGAUCUACGCCCUCUUGACCCACGGCAUCCUCAGCGGUGACGCCAUCCCCCGUAUCAACGCUUCAGCCAUCGACAAGAUUAUCGUGACCAACACCGUUCCCCAGGGCGAGCACAUGAAGGUGUGCCCUAAGCUUGGCUUCCUGGAUGUUUCUCCCGUUUUCGCGGAGGCUAUUCGUCGUGUCCACCACGGCGAGUCGAUCAGCGUCCUUUUCCAGCACAACUAA